CCCAAGAACAGGUCCCAACAAUCAUCGCUGGAAGCUAUGGCGACGGCACGUUGCCGGGCGUUUCGCCUCGCCCGGAGCGGUCUGAAUCGUGCUGGUCGAUCUGUGUCCUACACGCCAAACAUGGUCUCUAUGGAUGCCCUGAGAGCACGGCAACCGAAAGAGCUUCUACAGACGGAUGUCUUCAGGACCGUACCACCUGAAGACAUGACGCCCUCGGAUUUGGCGGACUUGGCUUCCGCCGAGGUGGCCACCAACCCGGCCAAGGUGCUCGAGAUCUACCGGCGCCAUGUGCAGAGUGGGGGCAUGGACGCGACGGUCUUGAUCCGAGCCUUCGCCCAGCUGGGGUUUCUCUUCGAUCCCAACUCCUUCUUCUCCUCAGCCGACCGGCAAAUCCUCACCCGGCACCGGGAUUUCCGGUGCUUGGCCCACGACCUGUGGAAGGUUCGAGCUGAUCUUCCAGAUGCUGUGGUGCCCCUGCUGAUGUAUUCCAUGGCCUCCUUGGACUACCGCUGUGCUCCGCUCAUGCCGCAGCUCCUGCCGGCAGUGCUGCGGCAUGUCAAGGCUUGGCGCGUUGAGGCACUGAGUUUGCUUCUUCACUCCUUGUCCUCCCUGGGGCUUGGCGGAGAUGAUCCCAUCAUGUUUGACGACGAUUCCGGGGAACGCAGCCCUGACUAUAGCGGCAUAUGCCAGAAACUCGCUCAGGAGUUAGCCAAUCGAGAUGCUGAUGAUGAGACGACCGUUCAUGACUGGGCUCGCGCUGCGUUUGCCUUGGUUAUGUCGAAUCACUGCGAUGCUGAAGGGCCCAGCGGGGUCCCGGUUCUGCCUCUCUUUGUGAGCCGGGCCUGUCAACUCCUGGCGACGAAGACGGAGUUGGAAAACUCCGGUUGGGCCCAAUUCUUUCUCUACCAGACCCUCUACUGCGUGGAUGUCGAGAAACCCGCCUGUGAGGAAGCGGUGAAGCGUGCAAUGCCCAUGUGGAUCCAGGAGGUGCUCCACCACCGGUGGCUGGAUGACAUCGUGCUCUUAGCUCAGCCCCAGGGCGCCGACGAGAUGCAGCGCGAUGUGGAUCGCUGCCUGCAACGCACCAACACCCAGGCCCUCUUGAACUGCUCAUUUGGUCGAGACUGGGACGAGCAGCACUGCUGGUUUGCUGGCUUCUUGAUGCAGCCCAAGGUGGCCCUCGAGUGCGACAGCAUGCUGCCCUUGGGACGAGGUCGUCCACGGCCAAGUGGAUGGAUCGCAUUGAAGUCCCGCAUUGCGCGCAAGGUUGGGCUUCGAGUGGUGACGCUGCAUGAUUGCUUUUGGCGGCACCUCACUGAGGACCAGAAAGACGAGCAGAUGCUCCGCAUUCGAAGCCAGAUGGGCUAUCAGCAUGACAAGAGUCUGGAGAAGACGCGGAAGAAGAUCCGGCAGACGCCGCACACCUACCAGGGCUUGGAGACGAAGCGGAAGGAGUGGUCCCCGCAACCUGGGCCUCCCUCGGAUGAAACGGCCUUCACCUGAGA